AUGGGCAACAGUGUCGUGGAAUCUCUUGUCGCCGGCAGAGAGAGACGUUCGACAGCGGGAAACCGACUUGCGUCGCUAUUACAUCAAGAAGCUGACACCGAGGAUACCCUCUUCCUCGAAGACGAGGACGAUGUCGAAUUCGAGGCCAGGGAUGUGGAGGAGCUCUCGGAUGUGCUCCUGGAGUCCUCUGACGACGAGGAUGAGUACAAUGGGGGUGGUGGUGUCGACGGAAAAGAGGGCGGACAAGGCGAGGAGGAUCUCGAGGGCGAGAGGGAACUACAGCAACAAGCAAAGGAGGAGCGAGCAGCGAAGAAGCGGAAGGCUGCCGAAGCAUUCUUGAAACCGAGGGUAUCGACGAGAAAGCGAGUCACAAUUCAGGACGGAAGCUCUACUACGACCACGGCUACGGCCGCACAAACAACGGCAACGUCCCCAUCCCGGGGGUCUCCUCCGAGGCCUAGAAAGAAGUCGGAGAGGGUUUCAUGGAUUCCCGAGUUUACAGCUACAAGGGCCUCAAGCCGAACCCUAUCAUUACAAAACAGGACGGAAACAAUGAAGAGGCUACAAGAGUCCGAGAAGCGCCGGCUGCAUACCAUCAAGUUGAUGGAGGCUGCAGCUGCGAAAAAAGAUAAAGAGAAUCCUCGCAAAGAAAUGACGCAGGUGGAGCGUUUGAAGGAGGCAAAGCUCACCGAGGAGCGGAACUUGAAAAGCUUGAACAAAUGGGAAGAAAGCGAGGCGGUUAGGUUAGAGGAGCAACGGAAAAAACUUGCAGCCCUGCAAAACCGCAAGUUGGUAGGGCCUGUGAUUACGUGGUGGAGUGGAACUGCCGAGUGGAACGGUGAGGGAAAACUUGUGAGGGUUGGGAAGGGAUUGGUGGAAAUUCUUGACAACAGCGAGGAUGGGGAGAAAGGAGGGGGGAAGAAGGCUAAAGGGAGGAAGAGCAAGGGAGCAAAGGCGGCAGCGGUCAAAAGUAAAGAUAAAGAAAAAUCAAUUACCGACGGCAACGGAGAUGACAGCAAGGAGGCGGUCCAGCUGCCCCAGCUGCACCAGACAAUUGAUGGGCGACGAGAAAAUGCGUCUAACUCAAACAUUGAAUCCCCACAACUACCUCCGAGUGGCCCAACCCAAUCUGAUGAAGCUGCAAAUGCAAAAUCAAAUGCAAUAUUGACUUCCGACAAUAUAAUCAAUGCAUCGUCAAAUACCCCGUCCAAUGCGAAUCCGCAGCCAUCAUCCUCCACGCAGGAGGUACUUCACCGGGACCACGGACCAAUCCCUAUUCUCUUGGAAGGGAUAUUGGAUUAUGCGGCUCUACCGGAACCCUCUCCGGGGCGCGAGAAAGACCCACCGGAUAUGCAGAGGGGCGAAAUAUCACCUUGUACAUCCCCGCAUGUCACAUCAGAAACAGCUAAACCAAAGACCGAGCACUCGAGUCGGAAUCUCGUAGUGCUGGAAAAUUUUGACCCGGUGGCUGUUCAGACCCGAGAAGGGUUAGUCAAGGUGUUAUUCCCAAGCGAUCCAAAGAGAACCUGGCAGAGAUUCAAAAAAUACUCCGGGGAGAAAUCCAAUGGAGUUGUCUAUUGGGAGCAUACGUCGGUGCACCCAAUGUCGCCGCGAAAGGAGUGCCGGACGGAUUUCUAAAAUCGGACGAAGAUAGACCCGCGCUGGUGGAGUGAUUGAUUUUUAUUGGGAGGAGGGGGUGUUAUUUUUUUCCUCUUUUUCCUUUUUUUCUGCGUGGUGGGUGUGUAGAUCAGGGGGUAUGAUUGGUGGGUUAGGCUUUUUUCCCUUUCUCCAUUUUCAUUUUCGCACAAGUACCGGUAAAGUCGACUUUAUCUUACUUUUCUCCCUAAGCUCCUCCCCCCUUCCCACUAACACUCCCUUCCCCGUGCGUUCUUUGGUGUUUUCUUUCCCUUCCCUUCCCUUCCUUCACUUCCUCCUCUUUUUUUCCCGCGUAAUGUAGUUUAACUUCAUGCUGCCAACUACCGUGAGCCCGCUUAGCUAGGCUUGCCUAGAGUCAAUGAGACAAUCACCGAAUGGCGCAAACCGCAAGGGCU